GGCGUCUCCUCAGGUCGGACGGGCCCAAGCGGGGGAGGCCGGGGUGGACGCCCCCCGUCUCCAGUGGAAGGAGCCGCAAGGAACCGCACGAUGGCCACCCCGCAGUCCGUUGUCACAUUCGCCAUCUGCAUUUUGAUGAUUACGGAGUUCAUCCUGGCCAGCGAAAGUUACUACGACCUCUUAGGGGUUCCCAGAACUGCUUCCGAGCGCCAGAUUAAGAAGGCGUUUCACAAGUUGGCCGUGAAGUACCACCCUGACAAAAAUAAGAGCCCGGAUGCGGAAGCAAAAUUCAGAGAGAUCGCAGAAGCUUAUGAAACGCUCUCAGAUGAAAAUCGACGGAGAGAAUACGAUCAGCUUGGACGUGGUGCCUUUACUAAUAGUGGAAGACGAAGAAGCGGGGGCCCUUCCCAACAGUCGUUUAAUUUCAACUUUGACUUAUUUAAAGACUUUGACUUUUUUGGCCACAACCCAAAUUCCCAGACCAAGAAACACUUUGAAAAUCAUUUCCGGUCACACCGGGACGGUUCCAGCAGGCAGAGGCAUCACUUCCAGGAAUUCCCCUUCGGACGAGGACUGUUUGAUGACAUGUUUGAAAAUAUGGAGAAAAUGUUUUCCUUCAGCGGCUUUGACAAUACCCACCAACAUUCGGUGCGAACUGAAAAUAGAUUCCGUGGCUCUAGCAAGCAUUGCAGGACUGUAACUCAGAGGCGAGGAAACAUGGUUACAACCUACACUGACUGUUCAGGACAGUAAUUCUUUAUCAUUUUCCUACAAUGCUAACGGUUUCUUCUUCGUUGUAUCCUGAUUCAAAACAAAAGCGAACCCUCCUGAGCUGGUCAUUAGUUCAUUUAUUUUAGAAUACUUAAUGCAACUAUUAGUGUAAAGAGGGUGUGUAUAAAUUAAUCUCGAUCAGUCUGGCAAAACGCAACUAAUUGGAAAUGAGUCGUUGUCUUAGACAUGGAAAGCUAGAAAGGGAGACAUGCUAUAAAUCCACCCGAUUAAAUAAGUCUCCCAAUUCUCCUCAAUUUGAUAUAUUUUGUUAUCUACCCAGAAAGGAGUUUGCUUACCACAAGUUUGCAGAGUAAACGUUGCUAAUCAGCUUCUGUAAGUUUUAGCCAUGUUAACUGGUGCACUGCAGUGAAAGCUUCUUCAUUUAACUUGAUUGAUGAUUUUUCUACUAGCAUUUCUGGUUUUUAAUGCUAAAUAUACCUGAAGCUUCAUAUACAGUGAUCUGUCAACAAAAGUGUGUUGGUAAACUGGCAUUGAAUGUUACGCAUUCUAGUAGGCUCCCUAGAGAGGAUGUCUCAUUCUAGAUAUUUUUUUUUCUUUGACUCUCCCAAGGCAAUAAACAGAAUAAGAAUUUAAAAAUUCCAUUCUUUUCAUUAGAAAAACUCAAGUUGAGAUAUCGCUAAGCAAUGUAUUUGGCAUAAUGUGAUGACCUCCGGUACGCAACUGGGGAUAAAGUGUAGACAUUGCUUGUUAUAUGAAAUAGAUGGCCUUCUGAAAUAUUGUGAGCCUUUACCGUGCUCGUUGCCCAGCUAUUUAUGUCUGUAUAGUGCUGAAGUCCUGUGGCUACAUCGUACACCUCUCACGUUUCCUGCUAAACUUACAGUUCCCUGUACGCUAUUAUGAAAUGGCGUAUUAAGUGCUUUUUCUUUCUUCUGUCCUUGCAUCAUUUUUUCGUUUGUAAAUUAAUGCCUCGUGUUCUGUCUGUGCGCCCGUAACAGAAUGUGCGAUAUUUUUGAAGGAGAACUGUGUGCUUUUGUUGCCACGUAGGUUUAACUCCCGUAUGUAACUUUAAUUUGUGCAAGUUUCAGUUCUGCACUUUUCCCCAUCACAGUCCGUGCGGGUAUUACAUCUCUAGGGUACGUCAUUAUCUCAUAAACACGUGAGUGAAACAAAUAUAUUACUUGCAAAUUCA